AUGUACAAUGCUGUGAUCACUUGUGCUGCGUCUAGACCAGUUAUAAUCAUUGAGGGAAACGAAGGCGAUGAGGUGGUCCUGCGGUGUGAGGCUGAAGGCUGCUACCCAGAGCCUGUCAUGGAGUGGUGUGAUGCUCAUGGACGUGUCCUCUCUGCUGCUGGACCUACAGAGACAGGCAGAGACCGUGAAGGCUGCUACACUGUGACAAGCCAUGUCAUCGUCCAGAACUCUGACAACAACACCUUCACCUGUCGGGUUCAACAGUUGGAGAUCAAACACAUGAAGGAGAGACGGGUUCAUGUUCCAGAUCAAAUGUUUCCUAAGACGUGUCAUUCCUGCUGGCUGACAGUUGUAGUAGCAGUUCUUGUUACAGUUCUUGUUACAGUUCUUGCUGGAGCUGGAGGUCUCUACCUGUUGAUAAAAAAAAGGGAUAUUGACUAUCAGAAAGGAAGCGUGGACGUCAGUAAUGAAGAAGAACAAGGAGACGACGAAGAAUGAGGAAGAUGAGGCCAGUGAACCCAGUCGUUCAUUGGUUUAAAUGUGAAAUGAUCUAUAAUAAUAGUAUUAUGUGCCAUUUAACAGACUUGUUUGGAUGGUCCCAGGAAUCAAACCCACUAUCCUGGAGUUACAAGGACCAUGCUUAACUAUGACUAUAUAGGAAUAUGCAUGGCUAUAUUUACAUUUUAGUCAUUUAGCAGACGCUCUUAUCCAGAGCAACUUACAGGAACAAUUAGGGUUAAGUGCCUUGCUCAUGGGUACAUUGACAGAUUUUUCAUCAUGUUGGCUCAGGGAUUUGAACUAGCAACAUUGGGUACUGGCCCCAUGCUCUUAACCACUAGACUUCCUGCCGCUCCAUAUGUAGCACUGUGUCAUCAGCAUUAGUUUUUUCUAUCAGCCAUCUUUGGUGUAGUUUAGGUAGUCUGUAAUAGUUGCUGAUUUAUUUGACAGGGACAAUGGCUCUAUGCAGCAAGGUGUUAGCAAUGGGCUGCUAUGAUAAACAGCACACAAUAUAUAUAGAGCUAGCAAAGGUAAUAACUUAGCACGCUAGGCUAGCAGGCGGAAUAUAUAGCAAUAAUAUAACCAGCACCAUUAGUGGUAGCGAGUUAGCAUGCUGUGUGGCUAACAAUGCUAAUAUGUAAACAGACAGCCAUCUUGGUAGAGGCUAGGUACGUAUGAGGAAGUGACCGGGUGUGAUGACAUCACCGGUCGGCCAUACUGGUUGUGUAAGAAUUAUCACCUGUUAGCCAUCUUAGACACAACCAACAAUUUGAAGGGCUUAAUACUGUACUGUACCCAGAACUAUGCCAAGGGGAUAGAUAAACAGGAUAUGCAGUAUGGAUAGUACCCAUACAUGAAUUACUGGCAUAUAAACACUGGAUAAGGCAUGUAUUAGCGUACAGUAGUAAUGGCGUCUAGUUUUUUGGUUUCUGUACUAUUUAUAUUUGACAACUUCUACUUUUACUCCACCACAUUCCUAAAGAAAAUAACCCAAAAGUCACAUUCUCGUUACGUUCUUAAUUUUACUUUUGAUACUUAAAAAGUAAUUUCAUUUUGAUACUUCAGUAUAUUUAAAACCAAAUACUUUUAGACUUUUACUCAAGUAGUAUUUUACUGGGUGACUUUUAGUUGAGUCAUUUUCUAUGAAGGUAUCUUUACUUUUACUGAAGUAUGACACUGUUUGAUAUAUUUCCUUUGGGGUCUAGAGAUUUAGGUAAAUCAGCCUUUGGUUUCCUUGCGUUUGGAAUGAUCAACAAUGCACUUUAAGAUUUGAGCAAUUGGUGCCUCUAGGGCAUUUGAUUUUUUUAUUUAUUUGAACCUUUAUUUAACUAGGGAAAGACAGUUAAGAACAAAUUCUUAUUUACAAUGACGGCCUACUCCAGCCAAACCCGGGCAACGCUGGGCCAAUUGCGCGCCGCCCUAUGGGACUCCCAUUCACGGCUGGAUGUGAUACAGACUGGAUUUGAGCCAUUUACUGCAAUGACACCUCUUGUACUGAGAUGCAGUGUCUUAGACCACUGCACCACUCUGGAGCCUUUUUACUGAAGCCUGUCUGUUUUAUAUGAUUGUAUUUUGCUUUUCAUGUAUUGUAGUGUAUAAUUGUUUAAUGUGUAGUUUCAUGUGUUUAUUGUAUUGUGGUGCUAUACAGGGCUCACCUGGAAAAGAGACCUUCGUCUCAGCAUGACUCAAAAUAAAGGUGAAAUAAAAUGUGA